AUGGGAGCUUCUCAAAUGGGGUUCCUCUUCUUUUGUUCUAUCCUCUUUCUUUCUGCUUCUGCUUCAUCAAGAAAUCUACCUAUUAUAGCCUUUGAUGAAGGGUACACACCCUUGUUUGGUGACAAUAACGUCUUUGUUCAUAAAGAUGGCAAAUCGGUUCAUCUUUCACUUGAUGAAAGAACAGGUUCUGGAUUUGUGUCUCAUGAUCUUUACCUUCAUGGGUUUUUCAGUGCUUCCAUUAAGUUACCUGCUGAUUAUACUGCUGGUGUUGUGGUUGCUUUUUAUAUGUCAAAUGGUGACAUGUAUGAGAAGAACCAUGAUGAAAUAGACUUUGAAUUUUUGGGUAACAUUAGAGGCAAAGAUUGGAGGAUUCAGACCAAUGUUUAUGGUAAUGGAAGUACUAGCAUUGGCAGAGAGGAAAGAUUUGGUCUCUGGUUUGAUCCUGCUGAAGAUUUUCAUCAAUACAGUAUUCUCUGGACAGAUUCUCGUAUCAUAUUUUAUGUUGACAACAUUCCUAUACGAGAAGUUACGCAAACGGAAUCCAUGGGAGGAGAUUUCCCCUCUAAGCCAAUGACUCUAUACGCGACAAUAUGGGAUGCAUCAGAUUGGGCUACUAAUGGCGGAAAGUACAGGGUGAAUUACAAGUAUGCACCUUACGUCGCUAAAUUCUCCGACUUUGUUUUACACGGUUGUGCUGUCGAUCCGAUUGAACAUGUAGCCAACUGUGACACAGCUCAAAGUUCUGAAUCCGUUCCUUCCGGUGUUACACCAGUACAAAGACUCAAAAUGGAGAGUUUCAGAAAGAAGCACAUGACAUACUCUUACUGUUACGAUAAAAUCAGAUACAAAGCUCCUCCGUCCGAGUGUGCCAUCAAUCCUCGAGAAGCCGAUCGACUAAGAAGAUUCGACCCUGUCACAUUUGGUAGCGGCCGACAUCGUCAUGGAAAACGACACCAUCCCAGCAGAGGAAGCCAGACAGAAGCUGUUUCGUUUUAA